AUGCCACUAUUGCUUACUCAAGCGAUCAAAGAAAUCGAUUGUCGUUUUGUGCAUGAAACCAGAUCAGCCCCUGGUUUUUGUGUGCAUGCAGCCCAGGCAGCAAUUUACAGCCCCCCAGUGGUAUCAGCUACACCUCUUCUCUCAUUGACAGGGACAACGGAUACAAGCUGGAGCUCUGCGUUCAUUGGGACCCUACUUAUGAUCAUUUGCUCCGAGUUAGGAGAUAAGACAUUUUUAAUCACUGCCAUUCUUUCGAUGCGCUGCACGAAGAGCGAAUCCUCUGACAAAACAGGACCGCACGUGGGCACACGCUGGCACGUCUUUGCAGGAGGGUUUUUGGCUUUGGCGGUUAUGACCCUUUUAGCUGCAGCAGGUGGACGAGUAAUCCCGUUGUUUCUCAAGCAGGAACUGCGCACUGUCUUUAUGGCUGCUCUUCUUGUGCUUUUUGGACUUAAAAUGCUGUACGAUGCCAUGAUCUAUGAAGAGAAUAAUGAAGAACCAGAGGAGCUGAAAGAGGUGUCGCGGCCUGAGCAUGGAGCAGCGUUAGUUGGGCCCUCGCGGCUUCUUCGCGCUGCCCGCUACUUCUUCAGUCCUAUUUUCAUACAGGCUGCCUCAUUAACACUAAUGGCUGAGUGGGGUGACAGGUCUCAGCUUGCAACAUUUGCCUUGGCGGCAGAUAGAAGCGCUUCUGCGGUUUGUCUUGGGGCCAUCUUGGGCCACGGCCUGUGCACAGGACUCGCCGUCUUAGGCGGCAACGUUCUUGCAAAAAGGAUUUCAGAGCGACUUGUUCUACUUAUCGGAGGGAUCUGUUUCUUAUCAUUCGCCCUCUUCACCGUCGUGGAUGAGCUGUUCAGUUCAGGAGGUAUUAUGAAAUGA